CACACACAGAGAGAGAGAGAGCGGAGCGGCCACAGCGCCGUCACUGACAGUCACAGCCACAGCCACAGCCACAGCGCCGCCGGAGAGAAGGGUCGCGACAAAUUACACAUCACUCUCAGCCACGAAAGCAAUUGAUGUCAAUAAAGCACAUAGAGCGGGAGAGGGAGAGAGAGAGAGUUGUCCGUCUGUCUGAUCACUGCUGGAGAUCAGCAACACGCACACAGCGAAGUGCGCGGCGGAGAGUCCCCGCGGGAGGAAGGCGGCGCCAGAGAUUCAAAUGAAACCAUGGAUCAUCCAGACUAUGGAUAUGCUCGAGAACUUUAUAGCCGAUAUGUACGAAACCAGGAAAGUUCAGUUGUGAACAAAAUGCAGCAAAAGUACUGGAAGACCAAGCAAACCUUCCUUAAAGUGACUGGGAAGAAAGAAGAUGAACAUGUUGUUGCAUCAGAUGCAGACCUGGACUCUAAAUUAGAGAUAUUCCAAUCCAUUCAGAGAACAUGCAUGGAACUUCUGAAGGUCAUUGAUCAGUACCAGAAACGGAUUUGUUUUUUGUCGCAGGAAGAAAAUGAGCUGGGAAGGUUUCUCAGGUCCCAGGGAUCACAGGAUAAAACAAGAGCAGGCAAGAUGAUGCAAGCUACUGGAAAGGCUCUCUGCUUCUCCUCUCAACAAAGGUUGGCUCUCCGCAGCCCUUUAUGUCGGCUGUAUCAGGAAGUAGAAACUUUCCGGUAUCGUGCCAUUUCUGACACCUGGCUGACGGUUAACCGAAUGGAACAGUCCCGUACAGAGUACCGGGCAGCACUGCUCUGGAUGAAAGAUGUUUCUCAGGAAUUGGAUCCUGAUAUGUAUAAGCACCUUGAAAAGUUCAGGAAGGUGCAAGGUCAAGUUCGUCAUGCAAAAACUCACUUUGACAAACUGAAGAAUGAUGUGUGCCAAAAGGUGGAUCUACUUGGAGCAAGUCGUUGCAAUCUUCUCUCCCACAUUUUAGCAACAUAUCAGACGACACUGCUCCAUUUCUGGGAAAAAACAUCCCACACAAUGGCAGCUAUCCAUGAAAGUUUCAAAGGCUACCAGCCGUAUGAAUUCGCUAUGUUGAAGACUUUGCAAGGACCUGCGAACAAACUGAUAGAUGAGCAAACAUCACAGGAAGAUAAUGAUGUUCAACGUGAGGUGUUGAAAGAGACAUCUGAUAAAGAUGAUGAGCUUAUUUCAUUAGAAGAAGACUAUGAGAAUAAAGAACCAAAUCGAUCAGCUGGAAAAGAUGCUUUGUCAUCUUUGGAGGUGUCCUCAGGCAAUCAACAUAAAGCAGAGCCACUAGAUGAUUUGUUAAAUUUGAAACAGGAGGAAAAAGCAACAUUUUCUCAGAGUGUUUCCGAGGAUUUGUUGAGCAGCCCCAUGGAGUUGAGUAAAAAUGAUAAGGAUGAAAUGGCAUUGCUAAAUGAAAUCCUGAACGCCUCUUCGCUGGAGGAGGGUGACUUCAGCAAGGAAUGGCAGACCGUGUUUGGAGAUGACGUUUUCAGUCUUCCUACCGAUCUAGCUGCUGGAGAAUCUGAUCAAUCUGCGGCUGCUCCAGGCUUCCUUCCAUCACAACUAUUUGACAAAAACUUGAGUGAUUUAUCAUCUUCACUGACUAGUUGGGCGGAAGCUGGUGCCACAUCUCAGUUCAUAUUCCAAUCAACCGAGCAAGUAAAUGGGCUCACCCAGAACCUCAGUAAGAUCCCACUUAAAGCUCCUCAGAAAAACCCAACGGACCUGUCUACAUGGUUUAACCUUUUUGCUGACUUGGAUCCUUUAUCAAACCCAGAUGCUAUUGGACGAACUGACAAAGAGCACAAGCUGCUCAAUGCAUGACAUUGUACGUAAAUAACCUAUCGACUCCGAUCACAACUAUAUAUCAUUGUAAUGUUGAGUAAAUCUAUGAAAUGUUGAGUUCCAGAACCUAAUUUUCUAAUAUGUCAGUGAGAUUAAAAACUGCUGAAAAAAGUU